GAAGAUUAAUUUGUUAAAAUAAGUUGCUAGGAAUAUAGUAGUAUCUAUUAAGGAGUCAGUACCAAAAAUAGGAAACAUAAAAACAAAAAGGGAAGAAAUAGGAAGAAGGAAAAACAAGAUCUGUUGCGUUCCCUUUUAGUCUUAAAUCGCAUUUGUUGAAUUUUGAUAGUUAUCGGAAAAACAAAGAAUGGCAUCAUCAUUGGGAACCAAACAGGGCAUAUCAAUGGCGACCAAUCUCCUCAAAACCCUAACCGCUUCAUCUUCCAUUUCCCGGUUCAACACCGGAUGCUUCACCUCCGGCGGCGGCGUUGUUAGCAGUGAGGUUAUCACUUCUCAUACAGACAAAUGGAUGCAGGAUACUAGCAAGAAAUCUCCCAUGGAACUGAUCAAUGAAGUCCCACCUAUCAAGGUUGAGGGAAGAAUUGCUGCCUGCGAAGGAGACACUAAUCCUGCUCUUGGACAUCCAAUUGAGUACAUAUGCCUUGAUCUGCCCGAGCCAGCGAUAUGCAAGUACUGUGGUUUACGCUUUGUUCAAGAUCAUCAUCAUUAGGGCUGCAUCACGAGGAUUCCUACAUUAAGAAGUCGUCUUUAUUUUAUUUGCAAGCAGCUGCGAUUGUUGUGUUCCUUUGCAUUAGUGAUGCGGGCAAGUUUUGCCCCUUGUAAUAAGGAUUAGGGUUCCGAGUAAUCCAUUUUCUUCAAGCUGGCAUGCAGAUGCUUUUGACAA